AUGUCCUGGCAAAGCUAUGUGGAGAGACUGAUGGCGGAAGGCACCUGUCAGGACGCGGCCAUUGUUGGUUACGGUGACGCCAAAUACGUCUGGGCAUCAUUAAGCGGCGGCACGUUUGCCAACAUCACGCCCGCCGAAAUUGAUGUGAUGGUGGCAAAGGAACGUGCCUCUUUCUUCAUCCAGGGGCUGACUUUAGGCAAUAAAAAAUGUUCUGUACUCAGAGAUAGCCUCCAUGUUGAUGGUGACUGGACAAUGGACUUCCGGACGAAGAACCAAGACGGAGGGCCAACAUACAAUAUUUCUGUAGCCAGAACUGACAAAGUAUUGGUUAUGGUCAUGGGGAAGGCAAGUAUCCAUGGAGGAGUGCUCAACAAGCAAGCAUAUGUGAUGGCUGACUACCUGAGAAGGUCUGGAUACUGA